UGCGGACACAUCAAGCGAGCGCAGCUGUACAUUGUAAGCAGUCCUGCCGUGCAGUAAACAAAUACAGCACGAGACGAGUAGGCUGGCUAGCACUAGCACUGUGGUGUUGGUAUCUCGUGCUUCAGUCCCAGACAGAGGAGGGCCGCGUGUGUCAUACAAUAUCCGAUUUCAAGGGAGCUAUGCAUGCAGGGGCACUGUGACGGCCGGCUGUGCACAGCGUGCGAUGUUUCUGCAGCUGGGUGACCCUGGGGAGAAGUUGUCACAUUCAAAAGUAUGAAGAUUUGUAAUUUGGACAAUUUUGGAUCCAGCCAGAGUGGACCCGCAUUGGAUUGUUGCAUUGCAGAGGAAAAGAGGGUGUCAGUGGGGAAAUGAUGUGCAGUGCCUUGAGUCCCAAGGAGUCCCGGGGCCCCAGCCUCUCCGACAUGCACCAGUACAGUCAGUGGCUGGCCAGCCGACAUGAAGCCAGCCUGCUGCCCAUGAAGGAGGACCUGGCACUGUGGCUCUCGAACCUGCUGGGCAAGGAGAUAACUGCAGAGAGCUUUAUGGAAAAACUGGAUAAUGGAGCUCUGCUAUGUCAGCUGGCAGAGACCCUGCAGGAGAAAUUCAAAGAGCUGCCGAACUCUGCCAAGAACCUGCCCUUCUGCCGGAUUCCCUGCAAAGCCAGCGCCCCCUCCGGGUCAUUCUUUGCCCGCGACAACACUGCCAACUUCUUGAGCUGGUGCCGAGAGGUUGGGGUGGGAGACACCUGCCUGUUUGAGUCCGAAGGGCUAGUUCUUCAUAAACAACCCAGAGAAGUGUGCCUGUGCUUACUAGAGCUGGGGAGAAUAGCAUCCAGGUACGGAGUGGAGCCCCCCGGGCUCAUCAAACUGGAGAAAGAGAUCGAGCAGGAGGAGAAGAUUCCCAUCCCGCCCCCCUGCCCCGUCUCCCCCGUCUCCGCCUCACCCACCAGGUCACCCAGCAGGAAAGGCACAGGGAAGCUUCUGGAUGACGCUGUGAAACACAUCUCUGAGGACCCUUGUUGUAAGUGCCCUAACAGGUUUUGUGUGGAGAUGCAAUCCCAAGGAAGAUAUCGGGUGGGAGAGAAGAUUCUGUUCAUCAGGAUGCUGAAUAACAAGCAUGUGAUGGUGCGCGUGGGGGGAGGCUGGGAGACCUUCGAGAGCUACCUCCUGAAGCACGACCCCUGCCGCAUGCUGCAGAUCUCCAGGGUGGAGGGCAAGAUGUCCCCUGUCCCGAACAAGUCGCCCAGCCUCAAGGAUCUCAGCCCCGACAGCUACCUGGUGGUGGCCGCUAACUACAGGAGCAAGAAGUAGCCACGCUGUCCCACACCUUGACUGCUGACCACGAGGCAGAAGUCCUUAUGUUAUUUGACUGGUGCCUCGCUUUCAGUGUUGUGCAGAGUGGACAGGGUCUUCAGACAUUCGGCAAACUUUGGAGCUUUAUGAUAAUCAAAUAUGUUGCAUUUUAACAGCAAGGUAAAUUAACACUAGUGGAAGCCCCCCAUCCCAUUGUAGUUCUGCUAUGAUAACUGGGGCUGUUUGUAAGGCUCUGGAUUGCUCUUUCAAUGGAGUACUGUCCCAUGUAGAAUCAGUGUUUAUUCAUGAUGACCCCGCCCCCAUCUUGACCCCACUCACCCAUGUUUUGCAGUUGGAUCAGCUUGACUUAAAGUGAACUAGCAUUCUAAUAUGGUGUUUGAUGAAUGCUUAGUUGUUAGUUCACAGUGCAGUAAUUGCACAUCAAUCCUGAGCUCUUGAAGGCUGCGCCUGCCUCUCACAUGGCCCCUAAUCAGGCUAUCAGCUUUUAAAGAAGCGAUUAACUCAUUUUACACCAGAGCCAAUGUUUAGGAGAACAAGUCCUGCUUCUCAAAGCAAGGUGGGUUCAAGAUGGGAUUGGAUGGAUCUUGAAAAUGUAGAUUAUUUAUUUUAAUCCUUAAAUCAGAUUUCAGACUGAUGGCUUCAAUUGACUGAUUAUUAGCUUAGUUUAAAAACAAUUAAAAAAAAGAAGUUUCCAUCUCAGUUACAAUGGUCACUAGGUGGCGCUGUGUGCUAUGCAAAAAUCCCAGUCGACUAACAGCAGUUACAACAUUUAGCCAUCAGUGGCACUAUGCUCUAUGCAAAGAACUGAAUGUUAUGUCAAAGGGUAAUAGAUUUAUGCUGAGCUACCCUUUGCAGAUCUUCAAUGUUACGCUAUAGAAAUAGUUAACUGGUUUAAAGAGUUGCCUUAAAAAUUAUACAUUUCUUUUCUCAAUAUCUGAAUUAAAUGUUAUUGAUUUUGUAGCUAGAGAUCGUUGAUCAAUUCAAACACUUCCUAACACUUUUUUCCCCAGCAUACAGCUAUGGCUAAAAGUUUUGCAUCAUCUAGAAUUUUAGGAUUGAGACAAAUAAAAG